AUGCUUAUUUUGACAGACAUUAUCGUGUCUCGUUUUAUUAAAUCCCAUCAAAUUGUGAAUUACACAAUUUGUUGUAUUGUACCAUUGUAAAUUAUUGUAUUAUAUCAUUUUGUUAUUGUAAUAAACUAUUUUGUAAACACCAAAUACGUGUGUGAAUUAAGCUACGCCGAUUAUGAUCUUGUCUUUAACGAAAGAUAUACUUAUAUAGAUAUAGCAUGAAAUUUCGAAUAAAUCGUAAUUCAAAAGAACAAACGUUGCGUAUGGUUCAAUCCCCUAGAUGUGAAACGCGCGCGCCUGCAUUUAAAAAUUCCCUAAUGAAUGGAAAUGACAAUGACCGAGGAGACACAACAGUCUGAGACAGCCGCACAAAAUGAGGCACAAACUAGCUCUCCAGAUGUUGGAAAAGUUAAAGACAAUAAAAAAGAAAAAUGCCGACCUAUGACAAAGGUAGUAAUACGAAGAUUACCUCCAACAAUGACUCAAGAACAAUUCUUAGAGCAAGUUUCACCAUUGCCAGAGCACGAUUACCUUUACUUUGUGAAAGCUGAUAUGUCUAUGGGACAGUAUGCUUUCUCGCGUGCUUAUAUUAACUUUGUUGAGCAACAAGAUAUCUUUAUGUUCAGAGAGAAAUUUGACAAUUACGUAUUUGUUGACUCUAAAGGUACAGAGUACCCAGCAGUAGUAGAAUUUGCACCUUUUCAAAGGUUACCAAAGAGAAAGAUAGGGAAGAAAAAAGAUUUGAAAUGUGGUACAAUAGAGUCUGAUCCAUAUUACGUAAGUUUCUUAGAAAGUCUGAAAAACCAAGAAGCUGAAUCUAAUGUAUCACAGCCAAAAACAGAAUACUCAUAUCAACCACCUGAUAAUACACCAAAAAAAGUUACAACCACACCUCUCUUAGAAUAUGUAAAACAACGUAAACAAGAGAAACAACGUCUCAGAGAUGAGAAACGUGAAGAAAGACGGCGAAGAGAUCUAGAAAGGAGAAGAUCAAAGGAAGAUCCUAUUAUAUCUAAGGUAUUGAAAAAUCCAGAUCUUGAUAAAGAAAUGUGUAGAGAUAAUAAAGAAAAUAGAGAGGAAAGGGAUAAACUUUCACCCAAAGACAUCAAAAAUCGUAUUAAGAAAGAGGAUAAAUUACGUGAUAAGAUUCCUCGUGAUUCCAAAUCAAUAACAAAAGGAUAUAGGGAAAGAAUUGAGGAUAGAAAUAAAGAUAGAGACAUAAAACAUCAAAGACGGCACGAGGAUAAAAAGAUAUACGGAAGACGUGACGAAAGAGAUGGUAUAAAUGAUAGAAGAUUUGAUGGAAAAGAUGAUAGAAAAUAUGAUUUUAAAGAAGAUAUUAAAGAUUCUAGGGAACGAAAAAUUGAGGAAAAAAGAGGUAAAAGUUACGAGAAAAUGAGACAAGAAAAAAAAAGGCUUGCAGAAACUAAAAAACAAAAUGUAGAAUUUAGUGUUGAUAUGGAAAAUGGUGCAAAAUUAAGAAACGAAGAUGAAGAAUUCCUAAAAAAAGAAUCUGAAGUUGAUUUUUAUGCGAAUAUUAAAGAAAACGAAGAAACCAUGGGUGAUAAAGAUGCUAAAAACAAUAAAGGAAAAGAGAAACAAGAAACUAAUGAAAAAAAGAUAUUAAUAGAUCCUUUGCAGGAUUUUGUGACAGGACUAAGAAGAACAGAAACGGUUGUUGAAAACAGUAAAGACAUUGAAAAAUCAAAAUCCAUUGAAGAUAUUAAUAAAAAAACUAAUGAAGAUGAUGAAUCUGAAGAAAAGAAAGAUUCAAAAGUUACAAAAAGGCGUAGUUCACUUGAAAGUGGAGGAGAAGGUGGUACAGGAGAUGGAAAUUGUUUAAGAAGGCACAAGUCUUUAGAUGGAGGAGAUCAAAAUAACCUACAGAAGACUGAAAAUGAAGAUAAAGAGAAAGAUAAAAAGGAUCCACGACUAGAACGUCGAAUCAGGAACAAAGAUCGUCCUACUAUGGAAAUUUAUCGGCCUGGAAUGGGAAAAUUUAGCAAACAAAGAUUAGAACGAGAAAAAUCUAAUACUAACGAUGAAAGAGCAUCGCUUUCACAAAGUCCUACUCCAAACCCGAAUUCUAAUAAUCUUUGUAAAUCAGGAAAGCCUGGAACAGAAGUACGUUCUAUGACAUUUAAACGUAGUAUUAGUCGUGAUUUGGUAUAACGAUGGCUAAAUGGAAAUCUCUUUCUAAUAUUAGUGACAUAUAUGUCGAAACUAUGUUAAUAUAUAAGAUUUUUACGCUAGUCUUUCUCACGACGUACAAUAUCAUACAAUAUCUCUAUUGUACACAAAUGCAUAAUAAAAUACAGUGUUUUACUUAUUACUGGAAAAUCCAUGUAGCCACAGUGUUUUACUUAUUACUGGAAAAUCCAUGUAGCCACAAAUGUAUAAAACUUUCGAAGCUAUUUCGAAACUGCAUUUGAUAUAUACCUUUAUUUUCAAUCCUUUUGUUGUGAUAUGUAUAUUAUACGUAAUAUUAUUAUCAAUUAUCUAAAUAUUACAUCAAGUGUUCAUAAUUUUCAUUAAAAUAAAUAUUUCUAUAAUAAUAUUUUAUAUUUUGUAAAACUAGUUGCUCCAUUUUUUAUAAUAUUUC